AGCCCCCUUCCUGGAUGCUUUAAACCGUGUUCAGACCACCUGGUUAGCUGUCUGCAGCCGCAGCCCGGCCGGCCCAACAUGGCCGCGUGUGGUGACCUGAAGACUUUCCUAGAGUCGUCUCUGAAUGAGAUCUUCAAGGCCACAGUGAGUGACAUCCUGGACUCGGUGGACCGGACCCUGUGCGAGUACCAGGGCACAAUACAGAGGAUCGAGUCCGAAAACGAGGGCCUGAAGCGGCUGCUGUUUGCACAGGAGAGCACCGAGGCUGCAGUAAGAGAUCUUUGUGAAGAAGAUGCUACUGAAAAUCUUUCGACUUCAGAAUGGAACAACUGUCCCAUCAGCUCCACUCAGGGCACGUUCAAGAUGUCCAUAUGCAGCAGUGACAAGAAGAGCUUCAGGAGGAGGCAGAAAGACAAGACGAGGAAUAGUGUUUCCUUAUCGUCAUUCAUACUGCAGACUGAUCAAAUGAAAGAAAUGCCUUGUGUGAGCACAGGCGACGUGUCUACGUCCACCCAAAACUUAAUAUCAGUGAAAGCAGAGCCAGGCCUGUAUGAAAGCGGUGCCAUUGACCUCUCCCAGCCUUCAACCCUUCUCAAUCUGACAAUGAGGCCAGUAAAAAAUGAGAGCACGGAGGUCAGUUUUGACAGUCAUGACGCACAUAUACCUCUGCCGCAAUCUACGGGCCUCGAACAAGACUCAAGAGGCAGCGACGCUGAAGUCAAAGUCGCCACUUACAUGCAGGAUGGACAGUUUAUUAAGGCAGAGGACGAGGAGCAGAACGGACUGUUGGAAUACGAUGACAAUGACUCUAAGCAAGAGGUGCAGCAUGCGUUGAUAUAUUACCCUGAAUCAGAAAUAGACCCUGAGGCAGCGAGCAGACAGGUUGUGGUGCCAGAAGCGGUGGCGCUCGAGGAAAACGCUGCCGUUCCCGCAGAAGAGUUCCUGGAGAUUCGCGACAACUUUUUGCGUUGCCCCACCUGUCCCAAAACGUUCAGUCGAGCAGCCUCGCUCAACAUCCACAUGAAGACGCACAGCGGUGAAAAGGCCCACAGCUGCAGCUACUGUGGCAAACGCUUCGGCCGCGCUGAUCUCCUCAAGUCCCACAAGCGCACCCAUACGGGAGAGCGACCCUACUGCUGCAACCUCUGCAGUAAAACAUACGCCCACCCGAGUCAGCUCAGGAUACACAAACGCGUCCACACUGGAGAAAAGCCGUAUUCCUGCUCGCACUGCGGGAAGCGCUUCAAUGAGCACAACCAGCUCAAGGUCCACUUGCGGACUCACACGGGGGAGCGGCCUUACAGCUGCCAGGAGUGCGGCAAAACCUUCAGCAACGCGGGCAACCUGCGCAUACACGAGAGGAUCCACACAGGUGAGAAGCCGUACUGCUGCGCCCAGUGUGGGAAAAGGUUCAACGGCUUGGGUGACCUCAAAACGCACUACAGGAUCCACACUGGAGAGAGACCCUACAGCUGCGAGCUGUGUAAGAAGACCUUCAGCCAGGCGGGCCACCUCACCAUACACAUGCGCAUGCACACGGGUGAAAGGCCGUACAGCUGCAACGAGUGCGGCAAGAAGUUCACGGUGGCCAGCAGCCUUAAAUUACACCAGAGGACUCACACGGGAGAGAAGGAGUACAGCUGCUCGUACUGCAGCAAGAGCUUCAGCCGGUCGGGUCACCUGAAGAGACACGAGCUGGUCCACACCAAAGAGAAGGUGUUCCUCUGCAGCCAGUGUGGGAAGACCUACACCGACCAGUCCUCCCUUAAGAAGCACCUGAAGAUGCACGCGGCCAAGGAGCAGAAGGGUCAGAGCGAGGGAAGCACCAGCGAUGCCGAAACGAACCGACCUUCAGCCUCGGAGACAAUUUCAGACACUGAAAGAAGUUAGGACCAAGUUCUUAGAUGAUGAGUCUUUUAGAAGCUGAGAAUGAGAAUGAGUGCUGUAUGUGAUUGUACAAAAUCAUCUUAAAUCAAGUUCAAUUAACUCGGUUUUUUUUAAGACACGCAUCAGCGGUGUAUUAUAACUGUUGUGCAGUAUUUUGGUGUCUAAAAUGCAUCUAAAUGCUUUGAUCUCUUACUUAAACCGGCCUUCCUGCUUCCUGUGCUGUUUUGAAUGCAGGGCUGCUGUUGUGUUCUGUGGUUGGAACCUCUAGGAAAAGCUAUUAAGUGUAGCUUGAGAUAAGAUUAUUCUAUUAAACUGCUGUUCGAGAAGUCAAAAUUGAUAAAAUUGUUUGUGGUACAGUGCAAUACACUGUUGUCUAAUCUUUGCUGUAAUUUAGUAGAUCCAAAUACCUAGCAAUACCUUAAGAUUGAUAAUUUUAUUGUGAUUGGAACUCUUAUAUUACGUAGUCUUCUCUCUCACGUAAGACGGGACCCUAAAAUAACUGUUGUUCUUUUAUACAGACUGUAUGUUACCAAAAUUCUUGGUAGCAUAAUUUUCAAAUGCUUUAAAGGAAAAGUUAUUGAAUGCAAUGACGAUGAAUGAUUCAACCACCCUGCUGAAAGAAGACACUGAAUACCAGGGCCAGGUUUUUUUUUGUGGUCCUGACCUUUGACCUCCCCGUUGAGAAAAUGAAACUUCCCCACAGGGGUCAGUAAAAAAUAACAAUAUAAUUGUUUUAAAUUAAAAUAUUAAGAUGCUUCUUCAUCCAUGUGUACAUGUUGUAGUAGCCAGAGGGUUAGAAAUGAUAGGAUUUCUAAAUUAUUAAUAUAUUGCUGUUUAUUGCUGUACAGUCAGCAGUCCGAUCCAUUGAACUGACACGAAUGUAUUUAAAUAGUAAUGUUACUGAAGUUAAUGUUACCGCAAAUGUUCUGUAUUGAUUGAGCAGCUUUCAAUAUUAAAUUAAUAAUUGUUUUGUAAGCAAAGCUGAUCUCAAAGAAGAGGAAUUGUUUUAGGUUGUUCACUGUUCUACCUGGAAACGCGUCUCUUACCGUGAAUUAUGUAAAACUGACCCACGCAGGAGUAAAAUGUCAUGUUUAUGAUAGGGCUACUGUUUGUUGUGGCAACUCGAUCAUAUACCUGCACAGCAAUGUAUAUUAAUGAAUGUUUUGCUACUAGGAUUUAAUUGUGACUUACUUUUGUGUGGUCUGUGUCUAAAUUAAAGAGAA